AUGAAUAACAGGCGUAGUUCAUCGUUUAAAGAAAUAAGUAUAGUUCAAGAUGCAAAAAAUCUAAGGGAUUCAUUUAACAGAAACUUACAUUUUUACGUCGUCAAAGAUCGUAACAUUGCUACAAUGCGUGAUUUUUAUGUUGCUCUGGCUAGGACUGUCUGGGAACAAUUAUGUUCUCGUUGGAUAAAAACACAGGAAGUUUAUGCCACAGAAGAUCCAAAAAUGGUCUACUUUUUAUCCAUGGAAUUUUUUAUGGGUCGUACACUGAAGAAUACAAUGCUUAACGUAGACACAGCAGAAGCUCUGGAUGAAGCAAUGUAUCAACUUGGUUUGGAUAUUGAAGAAUUAGAAGAAAUGGAAUGCGAUGCAGGACUUGGCAAUGGUGGUUUGGGUCGACUGGCUGCAUGUUUUCUUGACUCAAUGGCUACAAUUGGUUUAGCAGCUUAUGGUUACGGAAUACGUUAUGAAAAUGGUGCUUUUCAUCAGAUGAUAAAGGAUGGAUGGCAGGUUGAAGAACCGGAUGAAUGGUUACUUUAUGGUAAUCCUUGGGAGAAAGAACGCCCUGAAUUCACUCGCAUAGUUCAGUUUUACGGUAGAGUUAUGCGCAAUCAUUUAGAUCAAUGUAAAUGGGUUGAAACAGAAACAAUAUGUGCCCUACCUUAUGAAGUUCCUAUACCUGGAUAUCGUAAUCAGACAUGUAAUACGCUUAGAUUAUGGUCCGCUAAGGGCAGGAAAUACUUUGAUACGAAAAUUAUUCAUAACAAUGAUUAUAUAAAUGCUAUACUUGGCCGUAAUGAAGCUGAAAAUAUUUCUCGUGUUCUUUAUCCAAUUGAAAGUGCAUUCGAAGGUAAAGAAUUGCAAUUAAAACAGGAAUACUUUCUUGUAUCCGCUACAUUACAAGAUAUACUGUAUCAGUUUAAAUCAUCUUAUCCAACUUAUGAACUAUUUGAAUUACCAAAUAAAGUUGUAAUUCAUAUCAAUGAUACACAUCCAGCACUAGCUAUUCCUGAACUAUUGAGGAUUCUAGUUGAUAUAGAGUGUAUGGAUUGGAUUGAUGCAUGGGAUAUAUGUUCACGUGUAUUUACUCAUACAAAUCAUGUAUCACAAGUAGAAUGUUUAAAGUAUUGGCCAUUAGAUAUGCUUCAACGUGUUCUACCUAGACAUGUGGAAAUUAUACGCAAUAUCGAUUAUCAUUUUAAAAGUGUCAUAAACAGAAGGUGGCCAAGUGACGAAAAUCGAUUCCAACGUAUGUCGAUAUUUCAAGAGAUCAAUGAACCUGUUGUUAGUAUGGACCAUUUAUGCAUAAUUGGAUCACAUUUUGUCAAUGGUGUUUCAAUUUUUCAAACGAACCAUUUAGUAAAUACCUUAUUUAAGGAUUUUGCCGAUUUAUGGCCAUCGAAAUUUACCAAUAAAACAAAUGGCAUUAGUCCGAGACGUUGGUUAUUGGUAUGUAAUCCAGGCCUAACCGAUCUUAUUCGAACCACCAUACAAUCUGACGAUUGGGUAAAAAAUCUUAUAAUGUUGAAUCGAUUGAAAGAAAAAUUAAAUGAUGCAAAUUUUCGAAAUCGCCUUAUAUUAAUUAAACAAGACAAUAAAAAUCGAUUUGUUGCUUAUAUGCAACAGCAUAGAAAUAUUCAACUAAAUCCAAGUUCCAUUUUUGAUGUUCAUGUAAAACGUGUUCUAGAAUACAAGCGUCCACUCCUACCGUGUUUAUAUGCUAUAACUAUGUAUAACCGUUUAAGAGCAAAUCCUGAAAUGAAAAUGUGUCCUAGAACAAUUAUUAUUGGCGGUAAAGCUGCGCCUGGAUACCACAUGGCUAAAAUGAUUAUAAAAUUAAUUAAUUCAGUUGCAAGAAUAAUUGAUUUCGAUCCAAUUACAACGGGUAAACUUAAACUUAUAUUUUUACGAAACUAUCGGGUCAGUUUGGCUGAACGUAUUAUACCCGCAACAGAUUUAUCUGAACAAAUUCCAUGUGUUGGAACAGAAGCAUCAGGAACAGGGAAUAUGAAGUUUAUGUUGAACGGUGCAUUAACUAUUGGAACCAUGGAUGGAUCAAAUAUUGAAAUAUUUCAAGAAGUUGGUCACUCAAAUGCAUUUGUCUUUGGUCGUACUAUUGAAGAAGUCAAUUAUUUGCGGAAAACAGGAUAUAACCCAAUGAGAUAUGUAUCUUCCAAUCCAGAACUUCGUUUGUGCUUAGAUCAAAUACGUGAUGGUUAUUACUGUCCAAAUGAACCUGAUUUAUUUAAAGAUCUAUAUAAUAAGCUAGUUACAGAAGAUAAAUUUAUGGUAUGCGCAGAUUAUGGUGAUUAUAUGCGUGCUCAGGCUGAAGUUGAAUCAGCAUACAAGGAUGAAGUAAAAUGGUCAAAAAUGGUUCUAAUGAAUAUAGCUGCAGCUGGAAAAUUUUCCUCUGAUCGUACAGUACGUGAAUAUGCACGUGAUAUUUGGAGAGUAGAUCCAGUUAUUGUAAAAGAAUCUAUAAAAUGUAAUUCAGAAAAUAAUAACAAUCUAAGAUUUUGUUCCAAUAAUUAA